ACACACCCAGCGACCACACCUACACACCUACACGCCAGGGAGAGAGAGCUGCUGCUGCACACUGCACACACACACAUAAAUCUUUGAGAAUCGUCGGUGAAAGAAUGGCGUCCGCCGGUGGAGAUGUUACCAGGAGGCUGCAGCAGGAGCUGAUGGGUAUCAUGAUGGGCGCAGACCCCGGCGCCUCGGCGUUUCCCAACGACGACAACCUGUUCGAGUGGACGGCCACACUUUGCGGGAGCGAAGACACGGCGUACGAAGGGUUGACGUACAAGCUUAAGCUGGUAUUCCCGGAGACUUACCCGUACAAGGCACCGCUCAUCACCUUCGAGACCCCCUGCUUCCACCCGAACGUGGACGAGCACGGCAACAUCUGCCUCGACAUCCUCAAGGAGAAGUGGUCGUCGGCCUUCAGCGUCAGCACCAUCCUGCAGUCUCUCCGAUCCUUGCUAGCCGAUCCCAACAACGAGAGCCCCCUCAACACAGAGGCGGCGCAGCUGUGGGCGGAUCAGGACAAGUACCGACAAGUUUGCAAGCAGAAGUACCAAGAGGGCGCGGGGGAAGCCUAAUGAUGGAUGGGGUCAGGUGUCGGCGUUGCCGGCCGUGUUGUCUCUCACGAGAAUUGGUCCUGGCAGGCAUGUGCUUGCUAGCUAGUGCUUGCCGCAUUACUCCUCUCGACAAGAGCCUGGGCGGCUUGCUCGCACCUUCGCAGAUUUUUGCACCAUUUCCCACCUCUUUCUCACUAAAGAGUGUUGCCGAAGACGUGUAGCAGCGGCGGCAGUGUACCAGUGUACUAGGCACUUCCAACGUGCGUGAAGGAGUGAAACACGACGCGUGCGUGUGUUGUACCUGUGAUUCGUUACGCACCUGGUGCGUUUUAUGGGUGUACACCGCUUUGCGGACAGCGGCAAGGGUCGUGUGUCCAUGAUUCCUUUUUCAAGUGUAUCGGUAUCUUGUUGUCUGGAGAGUCGUCACGAGUGGUGUUGGCUUCGUCCGAAGGACAUUGCUGCGCGUCACGUCUUCGCCACUAUCGUUAUCAUGAACAGCUUUCUGUGCGUGCCCCCAAGUUCUUCUACAGCUGGUAGUUCAGUCUGGUUGAAGAAAGAGCGCGGUCGCUUCAAAGCCGAAAGCGCCAGCGGGUGUGUUAUUUUAUCUUAUUGUCAUGUGUGCGCGCGGGGGUGGUCUCUCUUGGACGUGGAUGGCAGAGGAGUCUGGUAGCAAUUGCGUCGUUUCAUGGCUGCUGUCGCUUGUAUCUGUUUACUCGUUCUUUGUGUCGGUCACGCCCAGCGAAAAUCUGUGUGCUUGAUUACAACUACUACAGUUGGUGGCCCGAUAUAGUGCCGGUUGAAUAGUGCCGGUUGCCGGUAUAGUGCCGGUGUUUUCGGCCUGCACACACCGGAAUAUCAAGUCUUUCUGUACUCUGAAUAGUGCCGGUGCCCGGUAUAGUGCCGCUUUGCUCUCUGAACACAUACCGGCACUAUAGAGGGCCCCCUACUGUAUUCUUGUCGGCGUUCUGCCUGAUAGUUGUGUGAGAAUCUUACGUUGUACGUUCAGCUCGUCGGUGACAACUGGAUGGUCUGACUUACCCUUGGUACAAGCCGGAGGCCAGGUUUCCUCGUUUUUCUCUCUGUUGAGGGCUGGAUUAGCAGGUUGACCAACUGCUUCUUUGACUUUUCCCCGUGUAGACGAUGUUAAUUUAGGUACAUAGCGGCGAAGGUCUUGGAUAGACGAUUGCUUGUUUUUGGAAAUUGCUGGGUUCUUGGUUUGUGAAGGAUGGCGGAGGUUGGACAUGGUGCCAUCAUCAGGGGAUACAUACGCACAGGGCUAUUUUGAUAGCGUAGCUUGUACAAAUCAACGAGAACAUUAUGAUCGCCGGACGUUUGGUGCGUGUUGCAGAAGAUGCGUUGGCUGGUUUGUUGCUCAAGAGCUAUCAUACGAGCGCAGUAACCAUGGGUUUGUGUUCCGAAGAAUCGCAUGUAUGUCACGUGCUCGAAUAUCCCGAGCGUAGGUUGUGCACCAACCAGCACAACGGGUCACCCCGGCAAAUCAUUGUGCGAUUUUGUAAUACCUUCUUGCUACUUGUGAGCAAUGGGUGACGAUAUAUUCAUGACGCUUUCAGCAAUGGGCGAUGAUACAUCGUACCCC